GCGAAGUGGGCGGGCCAAGACAUUGGUCUUGUAGGUUGUCCCAUACAUCCUACCGGUGCUUCAUAGCCGUGUAACUGGACUGCAUUACACAACCAUGGGCAGUGUGUUGGCUGCCACUUCCCCAAACCCCCCUGCUUCAGGCAGUGGUAGCAGUCAGGGGGGUCCAGGCCUGACAGUGCCUCCCGGCUUCACCAUGCCCACCAUGCCGUCGUCUCUGGGCACCGGCGCACAGGCUGGCACCGACACCGAGCCGUCUCUCCUCAACCCAGGCACAUUUGAGGAGUGCCAUCGGAAAUGCAAAGAGGUCUUCCCAUUGCAGAUGGAGGGCGUGCGACUGGUGGUCAACAAGGGUUUAAGCAAUCACUUCCAGGUGAGCCACACAAUUACACUGAGCACCAUGGGAGAAUCCGGCUACAGGUUUUCAGCCACAUACGUUGGGAGCAAGCAGACCGGUCCUGCUGAGUCAUUUCCAGUAAUGGUUGGUGACAUGGAUAACACGGGCAGUCUCAACGCACAGUUUAUCCACCAGUUGACCACACACGUACGCUCCAAGGUGGCUCUGCAGACACAGCAACACAAGUUUGUGAACUGGCAGUGUGACACAGAGUACCGUGGAGAUGACUUCACUGCUGCUGUAACAGUGGGCAAUCCAGACGUUCUUGUUGGAUCUGGUAUUUUAGUGGCUCAUUACCUUCAGUCUCUGUCACCUGCCUUGGCUUUGGGGGGUGAGCUGGUGUACCACAGGAGACCCGGAGAGGAGGGCACGGUCACUUCAUUAGUGGGCAGAUACACAGGCACCAAUUACGUGGCCACGCUGACUGUCGGAGGAGCAGGUGCUCACGCAUCAUACUACCACAAAGCCAAUGAUCAGUUGCAAGUUGGGGUGGAGUUUGAGGCGAGCACACGCCUGCAAGAAACAAGUAUGACUUUUGGCUAUCAGGUGGACCUGCCCAAGGCCAACCUUCAAUUUAAAGGUUCAUUAGACAGUAACUGGGUGGUCGGGGCUACGCUGGAGAAGAAGCUGCUGCCACUCCCGUUGUCGCUGGCUCUCGGCGCCUUCCUGAACCAUCGCAAAAACAAGUUUCAAUGCGGUUUUGGAGUUACUAUUGGUUAGACUUGCACCAGGAGCGACGAAUCGCAGCAGAUCUGCAUUUCAAGCAGACUUGGACUGGUGCAGAGAGACAGGGGGACAUGGACCAACAACCAAACGGACUCAGAUUCUCCCACAAGCACUGCGGUUAAACCUCACGUGGAUGCACGAGGACUACAAUAAAUCAGGCAAAAGUGACCGGCGUUUCAUAUUUGCCGAUCUACUUCAUGUGAAAAGAAACGGCUCGUGAUCAGACAACAUUAAAAUAUUUAGAAAAAAAAAAAAAAAAA